AUGCUGACUUUGUGUCAUAAUUACUUUUGCGUUUCGAAUAGUAAUAAAACCAGCAAAAAUGAGGGACAAGUAUUUAGUCGAAGAAAAUAUGCAUUUGGUAUUUUUAUUCUAUUACUGGUUGCUGUUUUAUGGGUAAUUUCUUCGGAAUUAACUAAGUACAUAUAUAUUGAGAAGAAAUUGGAAAGACCUUUUCUUGUGACCUAUGUGAGAAGUUCGUUAUUAUUUAUAUACCUCUUAGUACUGUGUUUUACUCCACCUACAAAGGAUCCAUGCCAACCAGCUGAAUACACACAACUGACAGAAGCAGUAAAUGAAACCGACGAUGAGUAUAGUGAGGCCACAAAUAGUUUGGGUGACUCAACAUUUGUACCAGUCCGUGCAGGAGAAACAACAGAUAGUGAUGAUGUAACCCCAAGAGCCGUCAGAUUCAACAAAGUAGCUGAGGUGCGAGUCAUGUCAGCCGCGAUGGCCGGUGAGGCUUUACUCGCCCGUCUCUCGUGGUCGGCUUCACUCCGCGCCUCUGAGUUUGCCCAAAGACGUGCCGCGGCAGCAGCCACUCGAAGACAUAUACGUCUCGCACUUAUAUUUACUAUACCUUGGUUCAUAUCAAAUUAUCUAUAUCGGCUUAGCUUGCUCCAUACGUCGACUUGUUCCGCAACAAUUUACACGUCAACAACAAGUGCAUUUGCGCUAUCACUCGGCGCUUUAUUCGCUCAAGCACCAACCGACAGAUUUAGCUUCUCGAAAUUCUUCUCGGUUUUACUCACCGCAGGUGGAAUGGUGGUGUUAGUUUUAUCGGAAAGCAAUGAGAGUAAUUGGACUGCGGUGUUAUCGGCUCUUGGCUCUGCACUUUGUUACGCAGUGCAUUUGCUAUUGUUUCGACGGGAGUUAAGGAAAGGGGAUGGAAUUAAUUGUUUCUUACUUGUUGGUAUAGUUGGCUGUGUUUGCGGUUGUCUUAUUUGGACAUUUGGCGGUGUACUGGCACUCACGGGAGUGGAGAAGGCGGAACUGCCCUCUCCUCGUCUCUGGAGCUGGUUGCUGCUGGAUGCUGCACUUAGUCCUCUGCUUAUGGAGUCAUUGUGGCUUUGGGGUAAAUCAUUAACAUCAUCGCGCACAGCAACAAGCGUAUUAAGCGCAACAGUGGUGAUGUGUGCGUGCCUUGAGGCGUGGCGGGGUGAGGGGGGCGUGGUUCGAUCGUGUGCGGCCGUACUGGCCUCGUGCGGCUGGUUCUGCGCAACGCUGGAUAGGAGCGGUCUGCCCGCGCCUGCGGCAAGACUGCUACUCAGACUUCGGCCGACCGAUCGACUCACGACGAUACGCAACAUUUCCGAUUUGGAUGAGCAGUCCGAGGCGCUCAUAUCAGAUGAUCCGACGUAA